GCUUAAUUUCUCCCCCCUCAAACGAGUAAGUCAUGUGAAUACGAACGACUUAUUAGUGUUUCGCACCUGUAAUUGUUUGUAUUUUACAAAGAUGUGAAGCGAAAAAACAUUUACAAAUUGGCAGAAAAAGAAUAUUAGAUCUAUGUUCAUUACAAAGCGUAGAAAGAAACAAAAGAAUGCCGGAAAUACUACGAUUAAUAACAACGGCGUUUUUAUUAGCGGAUCAAAUGUGAAUAUCGCUCUUAAGGAACAAAUUUCAGAAGCAACGCAAGCUGUUCCAAUGAAAAGAAAAGGAACCGAAGAAGGAAGCAGUUCAACAGACGUAUCUUGGCAUAGCGUCGAAUUGAGGGGAGCGAAAAAGUUUAUGAAGGUUUAUAUCAGCAGCAUUUAUGCUGAGACUGAUUUUGGUGCUUCUAAUGACGGCAAACCUUCUUGGCAAGUUGGUAAUGUGAAUGUAUCGAGUUUAUUACGUGAUUAUCGUAAUGGAGUUGUUAAAGGCGCACAAAUGCGCAAGACCUUGUCCAACAGCCAAAUACUGUAAGUUGUUGUAGUUUUUUUUAGGGUUUUAUUUAACGUUUACAUUUGCUUUUCUUUUAAGCUCUCUAUCGUA